AUGCUCAGCAAGCGAGACAUGAAAACUCACAAGACAUUAGAAUGUUCUUGGAGGAAAGUGAACUGUGAAUAUUGUCAAGAAUCAGUCAUCAUGAAUCAGAGACAGGGACAUCUUGACAUUUGCCGAAAGUUUCCUGUUCUGUGUACCAACAAGUGUGGUCGGAAAGAUAUUCCGCGAGAAAAGCUUGAGGUUCAUGUUCGCUAUGAAUGUCCUGCAACGAGAGUUCAAUGUAUGUACAAGAACAUAGGAUGUGAGGCAAUGUUUCCAAGAUCAGACGCCAAAUCUCACUCACAAACUCAAAUCGAAAGCCAUUUGCACUUAGCCGUCCGCGGUCUUGAGGCCGCUCAGCAUCAUAUUAAGGAGCUUGUCACUGUGGUUAGAGAUCAGUCACAACAGAUAGAACGAUUGAUGUCCAAGGAUAAGGAGCAGUCACUGCAGAUAGAGCGACAAUCACAACAGAUAGACAGAUUGUUAUCUAACGAUAAGGAGCAAUCACAACAGAUAACCGUAUCGAAGAUUAACCAGGUUUUGUCUACCCCAUUCGAAUGGACAAUACCCAACUUUGAAGAUCUUUAA